AGAUCAACAUUGACACCUCCCAUGCCGAUGUCCCUUCCCGUGUUGCAGUUGCAAUUGUUCGUUUUCCGUUUCUUUCGAUUCGAUGCGAAAAUUGAAUGACAACAGACUAUGUAGUUUCUUUCUUGUCGCUGCUGCCUGCACGGCUGCGUUGCUGAAAAUUAUCCAUCUCCGAUUGUAUUGGUAUUGCGCUCGUCGUCUUGGUCUUCUCGGGUUCGCAAAAUGUCUACGGCUGGAAUGGUUGCGACGCCGCGCCUAAAGAUGACACGCUAUCUGGCAAUCUGUCUGGCUCUCCUCGCACCGACUUCGCUGUCGUCAAAAGCUGGCGGUAGUGCGGCGCCGGGCUCUGGUGGCAGCAGUAGUGUUGAAGACGCAGAUAGUGGUCUUCCGGAGGACUGCAAAAGGGUCACUUUUCAAGAUGGCUCCGAUCAAAAGCGCUAUGUAAGCAAGGAGAGGAUGAAGGAAUGUGAAGCGCUUCGUUUAGCCCAGCAGCAAAAACACGCCGAAAAAGCAGAAAAGUCUGGAGGAAAAAGUGCUUCUGUUGAACCCGAGGAGACGGUAAAAAAUGCUGGUGAUCCAUCAGUCGAGAAGCAAGAUGAAGACAAAAAGGCAACAGGCGAAGAUGGAAAUGCAGCAGGUCAGACAGCAAGUGCUGAUCCGUCAUCUUCGGAGGAGACAGGUGGAAGUGCCGAAAAGGAAAAGCUCGAGAGCCCGGAAGGACAGGCAACAAAGCAACAGACGUCGCCCGAAGAUAAAGAGUCACCAAAAAUGUUGCCUCCAGGGCGCACACCACUACGCGGCACCGAGGCGGAGGAGGUAGAAGGCUUGCGUGCACCUGUGUGGGAGGCUGCCCUGUUCGAGGACAUGACUACAGGCAGGGGCUUCGAUCACGCGCAUCGGUUCAAGGUGUUGCAGGAACGCGUGCAUGAGCUGUCAAUAGACGUCCACAAGAGUUUCCUCACCGUUGCCUUCAUCAUGUCCGUGGCAGCGCGAGUUGAUCGAGUCAUCGUGCGCAUUCCUGACGGUUACGGACUAGUCUUUCCAGACAUUUCGAAGGGCGGUGAGGAGGACGAGAGCGAGAAAUCGAAGGAAUAUCCAAGAAGGGAUGGAGCCUCUGGCGUAGAAGCAGUGCCUGAAGAUGGAGGUGACAAUAAAAACAGUGGAGAUCAUGAAAGUAGUGGCGAAGCACGAGCGCGACCAGAACUGCAAGCAAAAGUAAUUAUAGACGCUUACAAAAAGUGCAGCAUUCACACUGUGGAGGAGAUGCGAGCCGAGAUGCGAAAUUACGCAACAGAAAUUGCUCAACUGGAGGGGGAAGAGGUUGCAAAGGCGAUGGCAACACCACCAGCGGAGGAGGGUGCAAAGCCAGAAAGUGGAGAUGCCAUUGCCGCGAGCUCAGCAGCUGAGUCAGAGUCAAAAACAGCAUCUAAGGAAGAGAACGAAGGAGACUCUUCGCCUAGCGGCGGAGAACCAGAUCAGAAGAAGCCGACCAUCCAGAGUGAAUCAGAAAAGAGUACUACAGCAUCAGUGCUGCUCCAGAGAAUUACAAAGAUCCAAGGACUUUCAGCACAGGCACCUCACGCUAUCCCAGUCACGAAUCCGGCUACUGGCCCGUUAUCGGCACAGAAAAAAGAUGAAACCUUGGAUCUCGAGGUGGCAGCUCCAAUAAAACCAAACGGUGGCGUAGAUGAAGCUACUGCUAACGGAUCUUCAUCAGAGCAGGAUGAGGAGGAGGUAAUGCGAUGGGUCCCUGUUGCGCCGCUGCCCAUUGCGGAGUGCCACGUGAAGCGGUCUCCCGCUUCCUCGAAAGAUGGCGCAGCUGGAGGAGGCGCGAUAAUACUCGAUCUACGACUAGCCUCGCCUAUUUGUCCCUUUCGACCGGAGAUUUUGAAAUCAAAAACUCCAGAGGCGGACGCAGAAAACGCAGAAAUACAGGCAGAUGCUGAGAAAGCGGAGAGUCCAGAUUACGAGAAAUCCGAAAACAAUGUUCCUUGCGUGGAACCAUCACGCAUCAGUGUGAAGAAACACAUAACAAAGCAGGGAGAGGAGGCAAUCAAGAAACUGAAUGGAAAAGUAGAAGGCCCACAACACGAGGAAAAAGUCGAGGACGAGGAGCAGGACACUUCUUCUUUUUCUUCUAUCUCUAAGGAAGAAGUAAAGUCGCAUGAUCAGUCUUCGUCUCCAUCUCCAUCUCAGCAUACUCCUACCGGAGACGACGACGAGGACACAAAUGUUCUUGACAGAGACGAAAUAGAACUAGAAGCAAGAGCGCAGGAAGAAAUAGAUAGCGCGCUUUUUGCUGUCGAGGUGAAUAUCCGCAGACGGUUCGCGAUCGAGUUUGCAUUAGAUCUGUCGAAGGCGACGCCACCGGCAGAGAUGGAAAGCAUGGACCAAAAUCGAGACUUUCGUGUGACCGUAGUAACGGAAAAUCCUCGUAGUGGGUACGAUAAGAAGAGCAGUAAAGUAGAACGAGAAGCGCUUCCGCUGCCGACUGAAGUCGUAACGUCAACUAUCCACCAGCGUGGGCCGCUUCCUCUGUUUGAGCUACCACCUUCUGUACCAGAGAAGAAAUCGGAAGAGGAAGAAGCAAACACUGAAGAAUCAAAAGACGCGGGAAAUACAAAUAUGGCCGAUGGUACAUCCAGCACCAGUGGCGACACGCUGACGACGGAAGGCGAUGCAAAGAGUACAGGUGAAGAAAAUGGGGUCGCGGCUCCCGACGACGAGAACAAGGCAAAGACCCAAGGCGAUGUAGUAGAGGGAGAACAAAAUCAGGCGGGCCAAUCACAGGAUGAUCACUCGUCUUUUUCGAAGUCGGCUUUUCGUCGCCAAAAAAUACGACAUGAUAGUGAUAAAACCGUCCAGGCCAUCAUGCGGUACAUGAAACGGCAUGAUCCAGCUGACCCGGACUGCGCUUAUUCACAGUGGGCUGAGUGGCCCUGCAAUACUGAGUGCGGUGGCGGCAUCCGCGUCCGAACCAGGAAGCAGCUGCUUUUUGGUUGUCCUACAUCGGAAAUGCUCGAAGAGUUCGUGCCGUGUAACACAUAUCCUUGCCCCGCCAGCUUGCUCGGUUGCGCGGUUACAGCUAUAGGAGGAGCGCCAGCUCCACUUUCUGGUCCUACAGAUCAAGAAAAUCCGAUGGAAGCAUCUUCUUCAACAUCUGUCACUGACUUUGAGGACAAAACUAGCGGUGGAAGCUCUGAAAUACGUUCAGCGAGCGUUGAAGAAAAAUCUGGUCGUAAAACAAGUGUGGACAACAGCGCGCACACAGAUACUUCUGCAGAGUCGUUUCUUCAAAUCAACAAAGCAGAGGAUGCUAAAGAGCAGAGGGCGGCGACCGUGAAGACGGCGAGCCAGGAGUCGCCUAGCGUUGACGGGAAAGCUGAGCAAAUUGCGUCAUCAAGUCCUCCCGAUGAGGGGCAAACCGGAUCUUCCAAUUCAAAAUCAAAAUCGAGACAGAAAGGAGAACAAGAAGAUACCAGCCCUUCACCAUCGACUUCUGCAGCGACUAGUAGCGCCCCAGGCGCAAAGACAACGAGCAAUGGCGGCGAAGAACAUCUACCCCUUUGUAGUGCGGCAAACGGCCUGAAAGGCGUGCGCGGAUACCGUAAUCAAAUGAAAGGUCCAAACUGUCCUGACUAUAUGGAUUUUGGUUUCGAACGCCAGGAGCCUUGUACUGGCCCCGCGUGGAAGGGAACGAAUGGAGUAGAACCUGAUUCGCAUGGAGCUGGCCCCUCAUCCGAGAUACGAAGUCGUGGUACCACUGACAAGCGCUUUGACGGGAAGGGCUGCGUUUAUGCAGUUGACCAAGACCAUGAACCAGUGUGGACACCGGUGGGAAGUUGCUCGGAGCUGUGCGGUUCUGGAAUACAGUACUUUUUUCGCCCACUCGCUUACAAAAGACCUGGACAAAAGUGCGAUCCGAUCGUCGAAAAAUAUGGUCCUACUAUCUACUUCUGUAAAUGAAACCCUUUUAAUACCAUGGGUGAAGUUUUCUGUUGCAGAUGAUUUUUCUGCGCAAGUAAGUUCAUUUGCGAUUGCAUUUUAGCAGCUUUCUCCGUGUUGCUUCAGUAGACAGUGACAAAAGGAAUCCUGUUUUUGUUGACCCUGAGUUAUGUCAGUUUCAGUUGGUGCGCCGGCACUGCCUCCACAAGAUGAAAAGCUCAUCCUCAUGUGCUUGAUAUCUUCUAGUUGUCUUCGGCUUCUGUUAGAAAGUCGCUCGUUUCACACACACACACACACACUUACAUGCACACCUCAUUCUCCUACAACAGAGCGAUGUAUUGGCGUUGCGUCAGGAAUGUACGGCGACAGGCACCGAUGUACGCGGGAGUUGAUGGCCUUGACACAACGCGGUGGUAGCCGUGCUAACUAUCUUUACGAUUUAGAGCUUCCAAAGAGCGUUGGACCAAAUGCAAUUUCGUCUCCUCGGGUGUUGGACUCUGUGACCCUUGUUUUCGCGGUGAAGCGGCCAGGCAGUAUUUUAGAGGUGCAUCUGCCACCGGGCUAUUCCUUCCUGCGUCGAAUGGACCUGUUCGAGGACCGCGAGACGGGCAGUAACUGUCCACGAGAAAUGAUUCGGAAUCAUAACCUCCCUGUUCGUCGCAUUCCCAGUCACGCUGGCCGUUGUCGGAUCGAGGGCACAAAGUUGCGCUUAGAGUUCCUCAAGAAGGGAGCGAUGCAGCAGAGCGAGACAAGGAAAGACCUAAUACCAGAUGCUGAUCAAUCUCAACCACAAGUCUUGGCUGAGCUGCAAAGUUCGUCUGAAGAAGCAGCAACGCUUAAUACUGCAGUAGAUGAUCCAUCUACUCCUACAGAAGCAGCUGGACAACUUAUAAACGGACAUGAUGAUGGAAAACAAGAAGGACAGGCACCUCAAUCUCCGACACGGGAAGGCGAUACCACGGUACCACGACCAGCGAUAUCCACAGUAGAGGAGGAGUUUUUACUGCCACUGGCGUCUGCUCCGCGGAGCAUUUGCGCUCCCGCACGCGGUACGAAGUGGUGGAGGGAGAAUCGGAAUUCACCCCUUUGCAAGAAGGUACGCGACCGUCACAUGUAUCAUUUAGAGCUUGCUGUCUACUCUCCGACGAAGUGCGAUACCGGCUUCCACCCUCACACCGAGUAUAUAGGGUCGCAUCUGGUACAGCAUAGAUGCCGCGACGAUCCCGGCUGGUGGACAGUCAAAAUUCGGCGCUCAGCGGCAGAGGAAGGGGCAUGGGAGUUACUGCACACAAAAGCUCUACAAAAAGUGAGUAGACCAUUGUCGGCAAUCAGUGGGUACAGGCAUGACCCAGCAGUAACACCAGACUCUGCCCCUUUCUUUUGAUUUUGUAUUUGUAAUGAAGCUAAUGCUGAGGUUUGUUGGUCGUGACGCGGCGGCUAGUUGUACUCUUACAAACACAUCACACGGAUGAAGAACAACAACAAGAAGGAGACUGUAGCACUCAACGUCAACAGUAAUGGAAAUAAAUGCAUUCAAAACGAUCUUCGACGCGGAUUCUUCUACUUCAUCUGCUGGUAAAGUGUUUUCUAUCUUCAAUGCGCGGCUGGGGCCGCCGCCCCCGCCGCGUCCUUCCUAGCGCCUUGUAGACACACUAAAGAGACGAGACAACAUCAUCC